AUGGGAACUAAUGGAAAUGGGCGCCGUGGAGGCGCUAAACAACUUGAUGUUCGACGACCCAUUGAAGAAGGAGAAUGUCUGAGCCUAAACGACGAGAGCCCGGAGUUAGAUUUUAUAUAUGAUGAUUGCGAUACGCAGGCAAAUGAAAUUGCUGAAUUAUACAGUUACACUGAACAUCCUGAGUUCCAGCACAACGUCAAGGCAUUCGAGGAUAUAAUGGAAGAAUUCAAUUUUCCGCCUAGUUGGCAAAGACUUUCAAAACAACAACAGCGCACCGUUGUUAUGAAAUUAUUAGAACAUCUGGAUAUAGCUGUAACUAAUAUCCGAAUGCGAGCAACUCGAUGUAUACUAUAUCUCGCUCAAGGUUGCUGGGCGGAAAUGCAAUCUGAUGCAGAACAAGCGCAAUGGGCUCGUCAUAAUAUUAUGAUGCUGUAUGAGAUGGGGACUUUUUCUGCGUUUGUGGAGCUAUUAAAUUUUGAAAUCGUUAGAAGUAAUCCUGUGUUUGCUUCUCGGAAGCUUGCAGAAUCCUUAGCAGAUUCUACUAAAUUAAGGGUAAUAUUAUCUGUUUUGUAUCUCAUAACAGAACAUAUGAGAACUGAAAAAGAUAAUCUUGCUUCAGAAUACCUACAUUUGGUAAAGAAUUUUAAAGAAGAAAUAGGGACACCCUUUCGUGAAGAAUUGCUACCAGUGAAACUAUUGGGCAUGGUUACACAAUUGUGUGCAGGAACUACUCCUCAUUUUCCAAUGAAAAAGGUUCUAUUGUUGCUGUGGAAAAUAUUACUAGUUUAUCUUGGUGGAUCCAAAGAAUUGAAGGAAAGAAAAGCAAAGCUUCGUGAAAGAUAUGGUUUGCCUCCAAUAACUGAAGAUACUCUAGAUGUAAUAAAGGGAAUGCGCUCCAGUUCUCCCCCUCCUAAUGCUGCGGACAUGAUAGAAAAUCAAAACCCUGGGCAAAGAAAACUUAAGGAGAAUGAAAGAGCACUUCGAAGGCAAACUUUUAUAAAACAAACUUCCCUUGAUGAAUCAGAUGAACAAAUUUUUGUUGACAAAGAAGAAACUGGAAAUGGUUCAGAAGAUUAUUCUAUGGAGUUCCAGUCAAUGUCCGGAGAGGGUGUGCAAAAUAUAAAUCAAAAUUGUCCUGAUUACAUGUACAUUAAGCGCUUUGAUAGUCCACCCCCUCCACCUCCCUUACCGAGAAGCUUGCCCUGGAGGUCAAAAGUUCGUCAAAAAGAUAUUGAUAUGUUUUUAGACAAUGUAAGGGUAAAAUUCGUUGGCUACUCCCUGCCAGGUGACAGACAGACAAUUGCUGGCUUACCCCAGCCUAUUCAUGAAGGUAUUGAAAUAUUAAAAAAACACAUGUACACAAGCCUAGCAGAGGUUCAGGCAGAGAGAGAACUUGAGAUAGCUAGAAGUCCUCUUACUAGAGGUGAAAAAGAAGUGGAAGACACUGAGGCAGAGACUUUGUACAGAGCCAUGUUGCCGAAUCUACCACAAUAUAUGAUUGCCCUACUGAAGAUACUGUUAGCUGCAACACCCACCUCUACUGCUAAAACAUAUUCCAUGAAUAUCAUGGCCGAUGUUCUACCUGAAGAAAUGCCCAUGACAGUAUUGCAGUCACUAAAACUUGGUAUUGAUGUGAAUAGACACAAAGAAAUCAUAGUUAAAGCUGUAACAGCGACUUUGCUAUUACUUUUGAAACAUUUUAAACUAAAUCAUGUAUAUCAGUUUGAAUUUAUGUCCCAGCAUUUGGUCUUUGCUAAUUGUAUACCUUUAGUAUUGAAGUUUUUUAAUCAAAAUAUCCUGUCAUAUAUAGGAGCAAAGAAUACAAUACCGAUAUUUGACUUCCCCGCCUGUGUUAUUGGUGAACAACCUGAACUUACCAAAGAAUGUUUGGAAAUAGGUGAUUCACCAGUUCCAUACUCAUGGAGGAAUGUCUUCUCAUGCAUUAAUUUAUUAAGAAUCUUAAAUAAAUUAACAAAGUGGAAAAAUGCUAGAAUUAUGAUGUUGGUUGUAUUUAAAAGUGCCCCUAUACUUAAGCGUGCAUUGAAAGUAAGACACGCUUUGAUGCAGUUUUAUGUAUUGAAGCUAUUAAAAAUGCAAACUAAAUAUUUGGGCCGUCAAUGGAGGAAAACUAAUAUGAAGACGAUUAGUGCUAUAUAUUCAAAAGUGCGACAUAGACUAAACGAUGACUGGGCUUUUGGUAAUGAAAUUGAUGCACGACCUUGGGAUUUUCAAGACGAAGAAUGUGCUCUAAGGGUCUGUGUAGAUCGAUUCAAUCAGAGAAGAUAUGGUACAGGAGAUUAUAUUGAGAGUGAACUAAAACCAGUUGACACAGACAUUAAUAGUGUGCUCGACAUAAAUGUUGAGCUUGAUGAUGAAUUCAAAACUAAUUAUGAAGUGUGGCUUGAGCAAGAGGUGUAUAAUAAUGAAAUUAACUGGGAUGUUUUGUUAACUACAUGAAUUUAUAUAAAGUUAUACUAAAAUAUUUAGAAAUAGUAUUUGUUUGUAUUCCUACUUUCAUUAUUUUUAAUCAAGUCAUAAACAACAUGUUAGAAUACUAUUGAAUAAAAUUAUAUAUGCGAUUUAAAUGUUUGUCAACUA